ACUGUGAACGCGAGAUCAGCACAAGAGGAUAAACCAAUUCUCUCCGUAGUAUCUACCUUGUAUAAAUACCUUCACUGCACGCUGCUACCUACCAGAAUGAAUGUGGGUGUGGCACACAGUGAGGUGAACCCAAACACUCGGGUGAUGAACAGUCGAGGGAUCUGGCUGACCUACGCGCUCGGUGUUGGAAUCCUUCAUAUUGUGCUCCUGAGCAUACCCUUCUUCAGUGUGCCUGUCGUGUGGACUCUAACAAACAUCAUACACAACUUUGGAAUGUAUGUUUUUAUGCAUGCGGUAAAAGGUACACCUUUUGAGACCCCCGACCAAGGAAAAGCCAGGCUUCUUACUCACUGGGAACAACUUGAUUACGGCGUGCAGUUCACCUCAUCCCGAAAGUUCUUCACCAUUUCUCCAAUCAUUCUAUACUUCCUUGCAAGUUUCUACACAAAGUACGACACAGCACACUUUGUCAUCAAUACUGCGUCACUUUUAAGCGUCCUGAUCCCCAAGCUGCCACAGCUGCAUGGAGUGAGAAUUUUUGGCAUCAACAAGUAUUAAGCUAGCGUCAGAGCUGUGCCUCAGCAGUAGAAGCUCAUUUCUGAGUAAUCUGCACAGCUGAAUUGUGUACCAAGUCUGUAUAAGGGCGAUUGUUUAGAUAUUCAGGUUUUCACACACACAUACACACACACACACACAAAAGGCAGAAGUUUGAUUGACGGAAUGCCAUAUGCAUUAAUAAGUUAUGUGAAUAUUUAAUUUUUUUUUUCCUUUUGCCACAUAGACCUGGGCUGGCCUAGGCAUUGAGGCUUUCCGUUGAGCUUAACUUUUUUCAUUUUUUUUUCCUUUUCUUGCCCUCUAUUCACACACUGACACAAAUUAUAAGUAUUGUAGUACAAGGGUGUUCCAAUGUGUUUUUUCAACUAUGUUUACUUUAUAAAAGGUAGGAGCCCGUGGCUCAGUUUUUAUUGGUACACUCUCAUUUUGUAAUUUCUGUGAAGAGUAGAAUCACUUUUUGCAUGAUUUCCUUGACUUAUGAAUUAUGUCCUUUAUAAUUCAAUGAAGAUGGAACAUCCUUGUGUCGUUGUACAGUUUAUGUGAAUGUAUGUCAUUUGAGUAGUAAUAUGACGUUGUUGUGAGGCUGAUUGUUUACUUAUGGUGGAGUGGAAGGGUCUACAGUGUCUUUGUGAUAAACUUAGUCGUGUAGCUGCCCUCUUUAGAUGACGACUCUGCUAUAAUCAAGGCAGCUAGUCCUGCUUUGUUUGGCCAUAGUCCAUAUAGUGAUGACAUUUGUUGUUCUUAAUCUUAUUAAAAUGUUUUGUGUACUCCA